UGAUCACGUGACAUUCUUUAUCGCCAUCUUGACCGAAUGGAGCAAAUCUGGAAAUUUCAGAAAAUGUCAAAGAUAAGUUUCCAAGUGUGACAAGAUGUCUUGGAAUAUGAUUGUCCACUGUUGUUCAUUGAUGCUGCAAGCUCCAUGAUGUAACCUCUCUCCGAGUGAACUGAUAGACUUAGAUCUGAAUCUAGAAUCUUUUCAACAUGAUCUCAUGUUGUCACUAAUCUUUAGGAAUCCAUCGUGUCUGAAGCUUGUCCAGUGUCUCUUGUACCUGUGACCAGGAUGGAAACCGUUGCCACCCAUGGAUCUGAAACCCUUGUUGUCAAGGACAACACAGCACCAUCUAGAUCUGCUCCUGUUAUAACUAUUGUUGCAUCAUCUCCCUUAAAUACAGAUAACCUUGAUAAGGAUUCUAUACCUUGCGUUAUCAUUGAACAUGUUGGUACAGUUCCACCUUCAUCAAGUCCAGGACAGACUCAUCAUUUAUCUGAUUCUGUCCAUAAGUGUGAUGAGUGUGAUUACUCCAGCCACAACAAGCACUAUCUGAAGCAGCACAUUGACCUGGUUCAUAAUCCUGAACGUCCAUACAAGUGUCCAUUUUGCGAUUAUGCUGGGAAGCGCAGUCACUCUUUGCGUGAGCAUUUAGUCGUCCACACCAAUGAGAGACCUUAUGAAUGUGAACAUUGCAAUGCUUCAUUCAGAAAGAAAGGACAUCUCACAAAUCAUAUCAAACUGCACACUACCCAGAAAUUAAUUAAGUGUAGUUUGUGUUCAGUGUAUCUGGCUGAUCAAGAUGCCUUUGAAAAACACCUGAAGGAUACCCACAAUACUGACAGAAUAUAUGCUUGUGAACUUUGUGACUUCGUUGCAGGUGAUCAAAGUCUGAUUGUGAAACACAUCCAGUCUCAUGACAAGGUGUUCAAGUGCAGUGAAUGCUCCUUUGUAACUGCAGAUAUUAACAAGCUCGCCUCUCAUGCUGACACUCAUAUGAUUAAACCGUUUCACCCCGAAAAGUCUACUUCUCCUCUGCCCUCAACAACUCCACCUCUACGAGCCCAAGCAAGACCUCCACUACCUCUGGGGACAGCUCCUAAAGCUGAGCAGGGCAAGCAUGUAAUGAUCAAGUGCACAGAGUGUGGAUUUACUGCCCAAGAUGCAGACACUAUGAAGAAACACAUGUGGUCACACAUCAAGACUGAGGCAGAGGUGGAAAAGAAGCCUGAUGUUGCCAAACUAGUGGAAAAAACAGCAAAGAUUGUCCCAUCUGCACCUAAGGAGAUACGAGUCAUUGAGGCCACCCUUCCAGACAAUGCAGCUUACAAGUGUACUGAAUGCAGCUUUGUCCACAAGGAAGCAACAGUAUUUAUCAAGCACAUGCUGACUCACAGAGUAAAGCCAUCUGUGAAGGUGGAACAAGAAAGGCCACAGCAACAACAGCAGCAGCAACAACAACAACAACAGCCACCUCAGCAGCAACCUCAGCAGCAGCCUCAGCCACAUGCAGGCCUGAAGGUGGAACAGACAUUUCUGGUUGCUCCGGUAACAAAAGAAAAUACAUGCAAGAACUCUGAAAAUACUCCUUUCACACAUGACCAAUCGACAGGCAGAUUCAAGUGUAUCAUCUGUGGCUACACUUGUGAGUAUCAACGAACAAUCAAAGCCCAUAUCUGGAAACACUCAGGAAACCAGGCCAUUGACUACCCCAUGUUUCAGAAUGGCCCUCUCAGUAUGUACGAUGACAUACCAACACCAAAAGUACCUCCCCAGUCAUCUUCUGGAAGUGCUGAUGAUGCAGAGACUCCGGAAGAUGGGAAGGUCUCAACACCUCUCGGUGACUUCACUGUGCAGAAGACUGAUACAGAAUCUCAACAGAACCCUACUCAGAUUGCUGCACCAGUUACCCAUGUUUUUAGAUCUGUCAGUGACAACACUAUCACUAAUAUCAAGCUUGUUAAAACUGACAUUGCUCCCAAGACUGUUGCAGGAGGAACAGCAAUCUGCCAGAUGCAAACCAUUGAUGGUAAAACACUGGCCUUAGUCAGGGAAACGUCUCAGAAAACUUCUGGAAUAAACAUCCCUUCAUCAAGCAAGGUAGCACAGCUGAAAGAAUCUGCUCCAAUUGCGCAUGUUGGGAAGGAAGAAACGGUCAUUACUUCAGAGUUGAAACCAGCUGAAACAUCAAACAGUCCAGAAAGAAAACUGGUUAUCUCAGAAGUGACAUCAUCAAGUACUGGAUUAAAUAACACAAGUCCUUGCAAAGCAUCAUCCAAAUUGUCCAAGCCACCGAUCUUAGCCAAGAAUAAAUCCCCAUCCACUGGAGAAGGUUUGCCAUCCAAGUUGGGUGAAGAGACUCCUUCUGAACCUCCUUCUGGUGAUGGGAAGCUAGGUCCAGAGAAACCUAUUAAGAGAGAUGAUACUAAUAUACUACAAGUUGCCAAGAGGAUCUGCUUUGAUAAAGAGGUUGAAGAGUCAAAGACUGAGGAAGUUAGUGUGGUAGUUGAAUCAGUAGACUCAGUCCCUUCUGCCUCUGGAUUUACUGGCAUGAAGAGUCAACAGAACAGCCCUCGUGUCCCAGAACAGUCCCAGCAUGAUGACUGGACAGAACCUGGAGGGUCACCUGAAACCCUUCCAGUAGAUCAGAACAAUUCUCCCUCUAUGACAACAAGAGCUCGCACACGACAUGCUGCUAAGGUUGAAAAGGAUAAAGCCAAAGAGAGGUUGGAAGCCAUUCAAGCCAAGAAGUUAUCUCAGUUAGAGAAAAUGACCUUGAAAGAAGAGAGUGCUACAAAGGGCCCUUUAACAAGGGCUAAAAAGCACAGUGAAGAAGCUGUUACACUUUUGUCCUUGCUGAAGAAGGGUCCUAAUCGUAACGCUGUGUGUGCCCUUCAAGCUGGUGAAGAAGAGAACAUUGUGAAGCCAUGUAUUGAUUCAUCUGAGGCAGACAGUGACACAGAGUCUGAGGAUGAAAUUGUUUCAGAAGAUUUGUCAAGCGAGUCAGCAAAACCUAAAACAGGCAUUUGUUCCUCUCUCCUUGCAGUCAUUGAACAGCUGAGAGAACGAUCCAAGUCUGAGAGUGAAACAGAUGAAACUGCCAAGAACUUGCCAGGCAGACGCCAAUCAAGACGCAGGAGUCGGCGGGAAUCAAAUGAAGAUGAACUCAAUGUUGACCCUAUUGAGAACAUGGAGAAAAUUGAGGAAGAUGGAGAAACUAAAUUCAGAUGUAAGCUUUGUCAUUACAGCAACUCAAGAACUCUUCUGAUCCGAUUACACAUGCGUCUUCACAAGUCCAAGAAACCCUUUGAAUGUUCCUUGUGUGACUUUAUUGCAGGUUCCAGUGAGUCUCUGCAGGAUCAUAUGAUUCGUCACUGUAAGAUGCGUACCUAUCCAUGCAAGCUGUGCCCCUCCACCUUCAACUACAAGAGUCAGCUAAGAGCCCACAUGAGAGCCCACAGUGACAAGGACCCACUGAUCUGCCACAUGUGUGACUUUGAAACCAAUGAUCCCAUGGCUUACAGGAACCACCUCCGCUUCCAUGCUGAUCAGUAUUACCACAAAUGUGACCUUUGUAACAAACUGUUCGUUACCAAGUUGGAAUUACGCUCUCACAAGCAGGAACUAUGUUACAAGGACCAGCCCGAAAGCAUUGAAGAUUCAGAUGCCACUGAUUCUGACUAUGAAGUUCCAAAGGAUUUCUUCCCCAAGAAGGAAAAUCUCAAAUGUUCCCAAUGCGAAUUCACUACAACGAGUGUAGCUGUAUUUACAGAUCAUGCUCGCAUUCAUGAAGAAACUAAAACUUUGAAAUGUGAGAUGUGUGACUUUACUGCCGUGUCCAGUAGGAGUUUGAAAUCUCACAUGAAGCGUCACAUCAAUGACCAGCGGUAUGUUCAGCAGCCUCUGGAACAAUACAAGUGUAAUCUCUGUGGCUACGUCUGCCAUCAUCUGCCCUCACUCAAGUCUCACAUGUGGAGGCAUGCCAGUGACAGAAACUACAGCUAUGAGUUCACCAACGACGUCAUCAACGCCGCCAUUGACUACGACUGUCGCAUUGACAGCAGCAACACCAGUGAUCCGGACAUGUUGGAAAAGAUUCUCAUCUCGGAAAAGAAAAUACUCGAGGGGAGAUUAAACAACUCCAUGGGACCUGAUGGCCGCCAGCCCGUCUGCUGGGUGGUGUUUAAAUGCUGUCAGUGUGGUUUUGAAACCAUCAACAAGGCACAACUUAAUGUUCACAUGAGGUCACAUUCAGACAUUAUACAGCGCACCCUGGAGGUGAGCCAAGGACUUGUUCGACAUGCUCCAGGUGGCAAGAGAUCUGCUGGGGACACACUGCUGAAGGGAGAUAACCCACCACUUAAAAUUGUCAAAACUCAGGACCAUGGCUGAUUUUGUUGAAACUGAAAUAUAUUCUGUAAUUGUUUAGAAUACAUCUCUUGGAAAAUGACUCACCUCAGCUAAUGGACACAUUUUACUGUUUUUUAUUUAAGCGUGAAGUAAGUAAGUCUUAUCAAAAGUAUAUUUGUCAAAAUGGAAUGAAGUAUUAUGAUACAACUAAUAUGGCGGUCUCAUUGACUGAUGACAGACAGUUUUGUGGUAAACAAGGCCAAACAUUUUUUUGAUCUUUUGUUUAUGGAUUAUUUUGCACAAACCAUCAGGUCUGUGGCUGAAAUACAAAAUGAAAAUACAAUUUUUGAGACUAGUUUUUUAACUGAUUGUUGGAUAGGAGAAAUAUAAAAAAAUAUACACAUUCUGUUAUGUGCCAUUACACAUAUGAUUUCCAAUGUAUAUUAUUUUUUAAAUAUUUGUUUUGGGGUGGGGACUCACCAAUCUUUUGUGCAUGUAACCAGUCACCUUGACAACAUGGUCAUGGAUCAUUACCUGUCCGUAAUGUUGAUAUAACUACUAAUGUCACCAAGGUCAGUCUGAAACCUGUCAUGUGACCUGUCCACUGUGUCCAUUAGCUGAGGUAUUUCCUGAUCCUUCUACCCAAGGACAUUCUGUAGAGCCUUGAUAGAAACAGCCUCUGUAUCUCCCUGCAGUGAAGCUUAAAUUAAUGAGGUCCAGUACAACCUUCUCAUUGCUGCAGUAAAAGGCUUUGUGGAAUACACCCUCAAACUCAGUUCAUCUUCACCAAAGAAACUUCUUCCUCCAUUGUCCCACGAGUUGACGGGUUAACCACGAAGCCUUUUAAAGCAAGCACUGAUGAUGGUUCUUACCGUAUAUAGAUGUUUCUUGCCUGACACCUAAGUGUGUCCAUGAUUUGUAUUUUCUUUAUACUCAUGAAGUAUGACCUGUAUGAAAGUUAAAAACUGGAACAUGUCAGUAGGUUCCUUAUUGGAGUUAAAUGUACAAAAUCAAGAUUUAUCUUGAUGGCUCAAGAAAUUACUGAUUUAUGUCUUUGUUACAAAACUCCAUGUUUGAUUUGUGAAAAAGGGGCUACUAUUAGUAGUUGUAAGUCAUGUGAUACCAGAACAUAUUUUUUAGUACCAAAAACAAGUUUACAAGUGCCCAAUACUAGUAUUUCGUUCAUGCUACUUUAUCGUUAUGCACAGGACUAUAAAUAAGACUCAGUUUUUUUCAGUAUCUAGUCAAUCAUUUGAAGAAUUACUAGUGCACAAUGCACAUUUUUCUUGCAAUAAUGCUUUCAUAACAUUAACAUGAUUAAGUUCCCAGAUUAAGUAUAAGAUCCCAAAUCAGCCUGAUACGGUAAUAUUUUCCUGGCACAGGACUUGUUUUAAUCAUGUUAAUCACUGAGUGUUUUAUGUACCUAGUAUCAAUAUACCCUGUGUGUAUCAUAAUGCCACACUAUGAGUCCUUGGCACCAGAGGUGUUACAACUUGGUGGCAAGUGCCUGCUUGUUUGACAUGAUUGUUAAAGUUGAAGUGUUAUCAUGUAAAUUCUUUAUACAGUUUAAUAAUUUGUGUACUUAUGCAAAUAUCAAGAUCUCUUUUUCUCAUCUCUCAUGCCCUUGUAUAAUAUUCAUAAUAUUUAAUUGUUAAUGACCCUGGGAUGUCAGUGCUAGUGUUUACUUUACAUGUAGAGUGUUGUUAUUUUGCUUUUAGCACUGUCUUUGUGUGUAAACUUUUCAUUGAUCAUGUUAGAGCACAUGGCCAUCAGUUAAUGGUUCUUUUCUAGGUGUGGGUCAUUGGGUUUUGUGUCUUGUAGAUGUUUGGUUGAAAGUACUCUACUUUGUAGUGGGGAGGGGUUAAGGGGGUAAGUCAAUAAGCAUUAUCAUCAUGAUCAUCCAUGAGGAGAAUGUUUUAGGGUUAAUUCUGUGCUAUACAGGGGUGGUUGGGUAGCUAAGUGGUUAAAGCAUUCACUUGUCUUGCCGAAAAACCAGGUUUGACUCACUCACUCAAAUUGAUCUUCAUAUGAAUGGUAACUAUCAGAGCUGAAUCUGCAUAUGUAUAAAUUGUAAAUGACAAAGGUUCAAAGUCCUUUUGAUUUGCAAUGAAAUAGUUACUACAGAAUUCCUCACAAUAGUUGAAAACCCUGGAAAUAUAGAAACAAGCCAAAAUUGAAUCAUUCUCUUGUUUCUGGAUUAACUUGAUCUUAAACUUAAACUAAAACUUGUUCUCCAUAAAAUCGCUUCUAUCGAGAUGAUGUUCUAGGUUGUAAAGGGGGCUCAAGUCGUUUUUGGUGCCAAAUUUGCUCUGCUUACUUGCGUCUCUUAGGCGUGCCAGAAACCAGUGGUCACGGCUUUGAAUCUUGGUUCCACCUGAAUUUGUUUCUAGGUUUGUCAGCAACAUACCCAGCACUUCGUAAAUGUCUGAGACCUAUAUCACUUUGGACUUUCCACUCACAUCAAGAUGAGACGCCGUGAUAUAACUGAAAUAAUGUUAAAAGCAGUGUUACUCACUCAAGUUGUGAAAUAGAUGGUCCCUCUCACUUCAAUGUGUCUGUACUGGACUGUAUGAAGACGGAAUGCUAAUGUAUGAUGGAGGGAUCCCGUAAAUGCAUCUUACAUGUUUGAAAACAUUUCCUUCUCGUCUGUACUUAAACACUUUUGCUAUUGUAAAGAUUUGUUCAGAAACCUCACCUUGUUAACACUGUGGUAACAGUAGUCCAUGAUAGGCACCCACACUUGAAAGAUUUUUCUGCACCCAAUGUACUUACUACAGUAAAUACAAAAUGAUCCAAUAUCAUCUCGUCAUCCUGUGGCACCUUUUUGUAAAAGUUCAGAAAAAAAUGUUGUUUUUCUGGUUAUCUGCCCUCAUCUGCAUUGAGGGAAGGGGAAAGUCUUUUACUUUGUUUUUUAACCAACAGUUUUUGUCUCUAAGACGUUUGUGUAUCAUAUUAUUUCUUUAAAAUCACAUCUUAAGUGCUUGCUGCCCCAAGGAUCUGAUUUUUAUGAGAUUGAUGUAUCGUGUUUAGUGACUGCUGAGAUAGAAAUAAUAUAUUUUCAUUAUAAACAAUUCUCUUGGAUAGUAAUACUGUGUCUUCACCUGGCAGUUGAAAAUACCACUAUGCAUUUUGUCCUUGUCAAUGUGUUUGCACCCUCACAGACUGUCCAGACACCUUUCUGAGAUGAUUGCUAAAACAGAUAGUGUUAUCCUACAUGGCCUUUGUCCAGUUAUAGUCCAUGCAUAGUAUACUGUUCAUUAUUUCUACACAGGCUGUACCUUCAAAGAAUGUGUUCAUCCAUGGCCCCAGUGUUCUGUGUUCCUCCUUGUGAUUCUGCGGUUAUAUAUAUGUCUUCCAUGUCAUCUUGUGUGCUCUUUAACUCUUUAAGAACGUUUACCAUGUAUUCAUAAGAUAUAUUUACCAUCAGAUCACAUUUAUUCAUUUUGAUUCGCGGAGAAAUUAUGGAAGAUUUCUUUUUGUAUAUUUUUGUUGUUGUGAUAGAUACUUUUAUUGGAUACCAGUUUUGGAAAGUUAACAUGCAUGUGUAUUUCAUUAUUUAUUGUAAAUCACAGUUUGUUUUCUUUCAUUAUCGUCCAAUUAUGGUGCUUGUUUAGUUGAUAGUUGGUAGAUGGAAUGUAUGGUUCUAAUAUUAUUGUUGCAUUUACAUUAAUGUCAGUGUCAUACAAAUCAGGUCUCGUACUCCGAUGCCAUGCCUCACUGUGUGACGAUCUAACGACGCCUCCAUUACGAAUGGGAUGCACGGGUGGAACUGUCGUUCAAGGCGCCACGAUUCACUGUGCAGAGUUGCGUCCCUUGGGCACGCCAGAAACCUAUGAUUGUGGGUUUGAAUCCCAGUUUGCCCCGAUUAUGUUUCUAGGUUUGUCAGGACCAUACUCGUGCUCAUG